UGUUACAUUCUCUAAUCGUUAACAAGAACGUUUAUGAUCUAGUGAUUCGCUUCUUUGCAUUUUUUGUUAAUUAAGCUUUCAGAAGUUGUUUCUCGAAUCAAAAGUUAGAAUAGUUUAAACAUGGUUGCUACUACGGCGAGUGCAUCGCUAUUUCCAGUUACUUGGCCAAAGCCUCAUUCUGGGGCUGGGACAUUUGGGAAGGUUGGAAACGAGCCAGGUAGUGUAGAUAUGCGUGGAAACAAGAUGAAAUCAGUUAAUUCUGGUGGUAUGCAAGUUAAAGCUAACUCGCAGGCUCCUACAGAAGUAAAUGGAAGUAAAAAACGCGUCAUCAAUGGCCUCAAAACCGCGGAGAAUCUUAUAUCACAUGCCCCAAGAACCGUUAUAAACCAACUACCAGAUUGGAGUGUGCUUCUUGCUUCAAUCACAACAAUCUUCUUAGCUGCAGAGAAGCAGUGGAUGAUGCUGGACUGGAUGACGAAACGACCUGAUCUGGAUCCUUUUGGUUUAGGAAAAAUUGUUCAAGAUGGGCUUGGGUUUCGCGAAAACUUUUUGAUUAGAUCUUAUGAAGUAGGCGCCGAUAGAAAUGCAUCAAUAGAAACGAUAAUGAAUCAUUUGCAGGAAACGGCCCUUAAUCAUGCGAAGUCAGUUGGACUCAUGGGUAAUGGAUUCGGUUCAACACCGGAGAUGUUUAAGAGGAAUCUGUUUUGGGUAGUGACAAAGAUGCAUGUGAUAGUUGACCGUUAUCCAACUUGGGGUGAUGUUGUUCAAGUAGAUACUUGGAUAGCCCGAAAUGGAAAAAACAGUAUGCGACGUGAUUGGCUGGUUCGUGAUUGCAAUACAGGCGACAUUUUAAUAACAGCUUCAAGUAAUUGGGUUAUGAUGAAUAAAGAGACAAGGAGGUUAUCAAAAAUCCCAGAUGAAGUCCGAGGUGAAAUCGAACAUCUUUUUGUAGAUGCACCACCGGUUGUAGAUGAUGAUUGUAGAAAAUUACCUAAACUUGAAGAGACCACUGCUGACUAUGUUCGCAAGGGUUUAACUCCAAGGUGGAGUGAUUUGGAUGUCAACCAACAUGUCAACAAUGUGAAGUAUAUUGAUUGGGUCCUUGAGAGUGCUCCACAAGUUGUGGAGAAGUAUGAGCUAGCUAGCAUUACUCUCGAGUAUCGUAGAGAAUGUAGGAAGGAUAGUGUGGUGAAAUCACUCACCUCCAUAUUGGGCGGUAGUGACGACGGUGACAAUGGUGGAAUACCUGAUUCUAACCAUGUUAAUUGUCAACAUGUGCUCUUAUCUGAGGGUGGCGGUGAUGGUGCUCCCGGGGGCGAGAUUGUGAAGGGAAGGACCGAAUGGAGGCUAAAAUAUAUUUGAUGAGGGUGACAGUAUUGCUCAUUUGCCUCAUUUGAGUGUGUAUAAACAAAUAAAGAAUCGUCAUCAUAUCUACGCCCCGGAAAUAGCUUGAUAUGUCUAUGUCAUGUGUUUCUGAUUUCUAUGCUUAUCCACACUUUUUAUGCAUA